CCCACCCCUCGCCAAAUUCGGCUCUCGAACUUCAUCCAAUAAAUUUCAGAUGCAAAGCCGCUCCUUUCCCACUCGUUCACAGCACCACACGAUGUCUGGAACGGAAGAAGAGAGUAUGGUGGACUCUACGACCCCAAAGCGAAAGCGGGCCGUCGUCGAUGAAGAGCUCGAAAUCGAUCUCAAUCUCCCCGAGCCUGCAUCAAAGAAGGCGAAGCGCAAAGAGAAGAAGGCAAAGCUUCAACCACAACCCCAACCUUCGACCACAACCGAACCGACAGCGCCAGACGAGGAUGCUUCUGAGGACCGAGUGGCACCAGCUGCCACCCCGGCCACAACGCAAUCCUCCUCCACCAAUGCGCAAGCGUCCGACAAGCGAAGCGAGUACGGCAUCUGGAUCGGAAACCUUCCAUUUACUGUCACCAAGGAGCGCCUCCGGGAAUUUUUAGACGAAGGAGGCAUCGAAGGUACGGAAAUAACCAGACUGCAUAUGCCCACUUCUGCUCCGCAGGGCAAAGAGAAGGGUGCCGCGGCAAAAGCGCAAAACAAGGGCUUUGCAUAUGUGGACUUUGCAACCAAAGUCGUCCUCGACAAAGCGUUGGAGCUCAGUGAAAAGCUCUUGAACGGAAGGAGAGUCUUGAUCAAGAAUGCAAAGUCAUUCGAAGGCCGCCCCGCAAAGACGGACGCGCAGAAGGAAGGCGAUGCUCCCGGAAAUGCAAAGGGUCUGGAACCGACGAAGAGGGUCUUCGUAGGAAAUCUAGGCUUCGAUGUCACGCGGGAAGAGCUGAGUGAGCAUUUCACUCAAGCCGGAGAGAUCGAGGACAUCUUUCUGGCAACGUUUGAGGAUAGUGGGAAGUGCAAGGGCUUCGGCUGGUUGCGCUUUGCGACUAUCGAGGCGGCGCAGGCUGCCGUUAAGGGCUUCAUCUUCAAGGGUAUUGAGGGCGAUGCAGACGAGGAGGAAGACGAAGACGACAGUGCCGACGAAAGCAAGAAGACGACUAAGCGACGCAAACGAAAGCCACAGAAAUGGUUCAUCAAUCGCCUCAAUGGUCGUCAAUUGCGUUGCGAAUUUGCAGAGGACGCACAGACUAGGUACAAGAAGCGCUUUGGCAAAGAGGCCAGGGCACAGAAGAAUGACGACGGCUUUGCGACUGACGGAGACGCUAUCGUCCCGGUUGAUGGUGAUAGCGCCCAGCCUCGCGCGAGGCCUCACAGCGCUUCCAACGGCCAGCAAAAGAGUCUUCGACCCCAGACUGGGCGUGGGAAGCCGGACAGUGAAGAACGUAGAGAAGAUCGUCGGAAGCGGCACGAAAAGAUGAAUGCACGCGCCACAGCGACCACGCAGGCAUCGAGCGGCGGUAUUGUGGAGGCGCAAGGCAAGAAGAUGGUCUUUGACGAUUGAAGCGUGCUCAUCCUACCUAUCACUUUGCGGGUUCUCAGCAGCCCAUAGGCAGCAAUAAUCAAGAUACCAUUUGCCGAUCAAAGCAAACUUCAAUGAGAUUCGCGCGUGUAGAGGUGCUUGAGAUGCCCACAAUCACAAAAUACCGCCUCCAAAC